AUGCAUUCGUAGCAAUUGGACCAGGAAAUUAUGGUUGGAAAGAAGAUGGAACUUAUUAUGUAGACAAUUUUACACCUAGUCCUUUAAAACUAUAUGGUCUACAGUAAUUCCUGGUUUUCAAAUGUAUUUUAACAAAAAAAUAAUACAUAUCAAUCAGUUAGAGAAGAUCAUUAUUAUGCAGGAAGAUAUUAGUAUCCAUAACCUUUGGCCUUCUAUUUUUAUUUUGAUGACAUUUCAAUAACAACAAUUAGAACAACUUACUCCUUAGCUGAUGUUUUUGUAAACACAGGAGGUUUGCUGGGAAUAAUAGAAGUUACUAUCGUUUUGCUGAUUAACAGCAAAUAUGGAAAAAGUAAAAAUUUGAAAGAAAUUAUUAAGAUCAAUAAAACUCCUAAUUCAGAAGUUAAAUAGAGAACAUAGAAGAAUGAAGAUCCAAUCUGUAAAGGCAUUCUGAAUGAUAUUAAGAAUAGAAUAAACUUUUAAAAUAUCUAAAAUUCAAACUUCCUAUACAAAAUCGUACUUAAAAAAUACCAAAGAUAAAUGACUCCUUAUUUCAAAGCAAAUUUGAUUGAACUUGAGAGAAUAGAAGAUAAGAUCUAAAAGAAAAAAGAUACUUUUAAGUUAACAUAAAAUGAAAACCAUUUAUGGGGUUAGCUCUCAAAUUAUAAAAAACAAUAGCAUAAGCUGUUUGUUAAAUAGAUUGUAUAUAAUGCUAAGGAAGUAGAAGUUGAUAAAAGAAUACUGAAAAAUUUAAUAAGUUCUAAAAAGGCAAAUAAAAAUACUGAUGAUACUGUAAAUUUAAUCCAGCAAAAUAUGGCUAGGAACUUUGGCUAGCUAUUUUAUAGACCAGCCUAAUAAACUAGUAUUGCAGAUAACGCUGAUGUAGAUAAUUAAUUAGAUAUUUCAUAAAAUGAUUAAUUUAAGAGCAGAUUUAAGUAAAGAUUUAGCAAGUUUAUUAUAAAUGAUACAAAAGCUGCUAAGCGGAGUAAUAAUCUUUGA